AUGGAGCCAUCCUCUUCCUCCUUACCACCUUACACACAGCCCGGCUCCAAACUUCUCCCGCUCGACCAAAUCCCAUCAUGCCCACCCAACACGCGAGUCCGUUUCCUUGGCUGCAUAGCUUCCUACGAUAUGACAACCGCCGAACUAAGCCUAUCUCGUCCCCCUUCGUCAGUCUUUAUCAAGACUGACGUCUCGCUACUGACGAGCUCGCUUUCUAUGGGAUCUUUGAGGGAUGGGGAAUGGGUUAACGUUAUUGGCGAUACGCAGAAAGAGGAAAAGGGGGAAGGGGUGUUGGUCAUGGCUAUAACACUCUGGUCGGCUGGUGGAAUUAACCUAGGAAAGUAUGAGAAGGGGGUGAAGGGGAGGUUGGAGGCCGAUGCACUUGGUUGAUUGAAGAGGAGCAGUUUCGCCACCCUCCGAUUCGGCAUAGGCACAGGCUCCCCUCUACAAUAUUGUGCUGGUCAGGGGUCAGGUAUCCAUCGUAGGUGAAUAAAUCUAGUAUAUAACUGCAAUAGUUGAAGACAGACAGACAAAAUAAUAUACUCAAUUACUGCGAA